AUGUUGUCAACAUCCAUACGCCGGGCCGCCUGGGCGCCUCUUUCCGGUGUAUCUACCCCUGCCCAGAAUGUUCCAUCUGCUGGUCUUCUCGGCGCAACCCGCUACGUGCAUCAGCGCCGAUACUCCUCAUCCUCCUCCAAACCACCAGUUCCCCCAAGCGAUGGCUCCCAACGUCUGGAUACCUCUACCGCUGCGAAGAGUGUGAACUCUUCCGGUGACAAGAGCAAGGCCACCCGCCGCCGAGGUAAGGACACCGGUGCCCGCAACGGAUCUUCCAGAUCCAGCCAGCAGCAUGCGGCUUUUUCGAAGCUCCCCAGCGUCCCCUCGACACAGCACCGACAACCUCAUGACGUUCACGUCGCCUCGUUCUUCUCCAUUCACCGCCCGAUCUCCGUGACCACCACGGUCCCUCCAACCUCGAGCUCCGAAGCCUUCGAAUCCAUCUUCUCCAAGAGAAUCCUGAAGAACCAGCCCGACGAUGUCAUUUUCACCCUCUCAAACACUGUGCAGUCUAUGGAGGGCCCCAACGGCAUGUCCGAAUCCGAGGACCCAUUCGGCCAGAUGCACAGCCGCUUCACCAGCGAUGCCAACGGCGAGCUUCAGAUGCUCGAUCACCCCGAGGCUCACAUGUCCAUCGAAGAGCUUACUCGGCGUCUUCGCCCCUUCCACCCUCCCCCACCCCCAGUCCCUAUGAACAUGAGCGCUGAGGCCGAGGCCAUGGAGUCUCAAGAGGCCCAGAGCGAACAGGACGCCACUUACUCCACCGUUCUCACCAUUCGGGAAUCCCGCGGCGCCGAUGGUCGUAAGACCUACGAGGCCUCGACCGGUCCCUUUGUCCGUGACGAGAUGGAGGCCCCUGCUGGUUUGCGCGAUGAGAUUACCAUCGAUGCUCCCAGCAACACCACUGGCAUGACCUAUGUUGAGCGUCUGCGCAACAACUCUUCCAUGCACGCCAUUAGCACCAAGAGACGGCGCAAGGCGAAGAUGAAGAAGCACAAGUUUAAGAAGCUGAUGCGGAGAACACGUACUCUCCGUCGGAAGCUCGACAAAGCUUAG